AUGACGGCUGUCCACGUCGCUGCUCGAGAGGCAGGUUAUUUAGUAGGAGUAUUAUCUGUUAUCUUAUUGAUAUCAUGGUUUAAGUUUGGUCGAGGUUCUAAGAAUUCACUGGAAGACGAUGAAAAAGCACGUAGGCAAAAGCAAAAGGAAAGGGAGAGGGAAAGGGAGAGGGAAAGAGACAGAGAUAGAAAUAAGAAUAAGGGAGAUGAAAAUUCAAAUAAUGGUAAAAAUGAUAAUCGAAAUGCGAAUAAUAACGGAAGAGAUCAAGGAGGAACAUCAAGAGAUCCAAACACACCUGAAAAUACAACACCUUCAACUUCGUUUGAUCCUCCUCCCACUCUGGCAGAUGAUGAUGGAAAUGGCAAGCGGGGUCGAUCAUUCAACCCCGAUGACGAUUCUGAUAGAGGUACAGGUAUUCCCAUAACUACAAGUUUUACUAUUAAUCCUCAAACAACGCUCGACCUUACUACUAAUCCUGAUGAUAAAGUCCAGCUCACUAUCGGUGCUAAUAAUGGAAUUGGUGGUGGUGGUGGUGGCGGCGGUGGAGCUGAUGGUGGAGCUGAUGGAUACGAGACUGGUAUAUCGAACUAUGGCUUUCGAUCGGGAGGUGGUGAUGGUGAGAGACAACCAAUAUAUAACGGUCGAAUAUUAAGACAACCUUUAACAGCUUCAAUUCCAAUUGAAAAUGAUCUUGUAUCUCCACUUUUAACUCAACAACUCCCACCAGAACAACGGAGAAUCAGACCACCGCCAUUUUCACCUUUUGAUGCAAUAACACCUUUUACACCCAGAGUAAAUCGUGGAUUCCAACUACAACCUAUAACACCUGGUCCGAUCCGUAUUCCAAGAGGUGCUCGAAACGAUACUCGUACUCGUUCGAGAUUCGAUCCAUUUGCAGAACCUGAAUUGAUAUCUCCAUCAACAUCAAGUCUGUCUUCUUCAAAUUCAACUUUUUCAGGUAUAAGCGAAAACCUUACGCCCAUCUUAGGUGAGGUAGGGAUGAAGAGAGAUCCUAUUCUGAUUGGAACAGCUAUUAUGCCUGGAGAAAUGGAUCCUUUCGCUUAUAAUUCUGCUAUACCUGAAAAGUCUCAUUUCGAUUAUCAUGAUCUCGAACUCGAACUCGAAAAGCCAGGUCUUGUAAGAAACAGAAAUAGAAAUGGGGAUAUUGAUAUUGAUACUGAUGUCCAACCUCAACCGAUCAAUCUUAGAACGAGAAGAUUAAGUCAAGUACUUAAUGUACCUGAUAUCAGUUCAGAAUCUAUAUCAGACUAUGGUAGAGGUGAUCCUCUAAAUACCACCAAAGUGGAUUCAGAGGCAUCAAGUCCGAUCAGGUUAAACCCGAUUUAUGUCAAUGACCCCAAGGAUGUUCGUUCAGGUAAACGAGAUAUCGAAGAGACGGAUCUGUCUCCAUUGAAAGCCGGAGUUAACGAUCCUCUAUCUGAUACACCUGCGGGUACCAAGACCAAACGUAAAGAGCGACAACGAGAACGAGCUGGUCGAGAGAGAAGAUGGUCGAAUGUCGAAGCGGUAACCCCUCAAGCUGUUAAUCUACCCACUCCACUGGGAGAGGAAAGAAAGGCAAGACGUAAGAACAGAGAAAGAGCUGAAAUCGACCUUGACGUCAACGAAAAAGUGAGAGCAAGAGAUCGAGUGCCUAUCUCACCCGAGAGAGUAAGAGGUAAAGAAAGGCAAAAGAAGAUGAAACGAGCAAGAGUCAAAGUAAUUGACAGAGAGACUGGUAGAGUCAAAACGGAGGAAGUCCUAGUCACGGAUGUAUCAGACUCUGAGCGAGUCAAAGACAGACUCAAACCUAAACGCCGAGUCAGAGUAUCUAUCUCAGAUAGUGAAACUGAGAGUAUCAUUGGAGAGACUGAGAAGGAAAAACGUAGGGCGAAAGAAAAGGAAAAGAGGAAACAGAGAUUGAAAUUGGAAAAUUCAGAUGAUCAAUAUCUCACUGUUGAUUCUGAUGGUAAGAAAAUCAAAAAGAAACGAAGAAGGAGAAUAGCAGUUAGUGAUGAUGAAGAAGAAGAUAAAAAAAUCAAAAGGAAACAAAAACAAAGAUUGAGAUCUAGAUCAGGAGAAAUCACAGAAGGCGAAUCGGAGAUUGAGAUAAUGGAUCAAUAUGGUAAGAUCCGAAGAAAAAAGAAGGCUGGAUUAAGAGGGGGUGACGAGGGAGAAGAACUUGUGAGAUCAAGAAAGAACAGAAGAAGAGAGAAAGUUGGCUAUGAAGGUGGACUUGACGAUGAAGGAGAGGAAGAAGAAUUGUACGAAAGACAUAUGGAUAAAUCAGGUAAAUCCCGUAUGAGGAAGUUGCCAAGAAACGAUCCUUACCAACAGGCCUUUGCGAAGAGACAAAGACAAGCGGAUGGUAUAGGGAUAGAAAAUGAGGAAGGAUAUGAUUAUGUUGAUGGUCAAUAUAGACCAAUGAGAAUCAAAGGUCAAAAUCAACAAUUCAAUCCUAGUGAAAUCCUUUCGCAGAGGCAUCCACUUCAAGAGCAGUAUCAACAGCAACAAGCUGUACAAGUACCUAUGAAUGGAAAUAACGGAGUCCAGGUUCCACAAAACAGCGACUUUCAUCAAGUCAGGAAUCCCAUCGAUCGGUCUCUGGAUGAUCAAAUUCGAACCGAGUAUCCUAGCCUUUCCAGGAUAGACAGAGAUGAACUCGCCGAACUGAGGAUGAAGAAGUUGAGAUCUGAGCAGGAAAGUCAGCCUCUCGCAGGGCGUGAAAGGUUAAGACCCCAAAAUGAGAUCCGUGAUGAUGAAGAAGCGGUCGAUCGACAGAGAGCCAUCAAAGGACCUGGAAGAACGAACAUGCGGAACGAAGCUGAGGAUGGGACAGCUGAGUUCGCACAUGAGACAAGGGAGGAGCUAGAAAACCCCCGUCAACGGACAGGACCGAGAAAGAGGUCAGUCAUCAAUACAGACAACGGACAGGAAGAAUCCCUCGAAGACUUCGAAGAGGGGCAAGAAGGGAAUAAGACGAGAAAGAAAGACGAUGAAGAGCUGGAAAGAUUGCGAAAGGCGAAAAUGGAUGCGAUCCUCGGCGAUAGGGAUGGUCAUAAUCUGAUGGCUAGACCUGAUAGACCGACGGGUCCUGGACAAAGUUUCAGGAAAACACGUCGAAAGGUUCAAAUUGAGGAUGAUAAGCCAAUGUCAGACGGUAUCCCGCAAGAGAAGGAACCAGAUGUCAAAAAGGAUGACAUGGUACACCCAGAUGAAGCUGCUCACCCUCAAGAUGUGGCAAAUGGACAAGGGCAUCAUUCACCUACAGUGACAAAAGAAUAUCACUCGGCCCUCCAGGAAAUGAAAGAUACCACUCCUCCGCUUUCGGAAACCAAGGACAGAACACAAUCAUCGCCCACUGUAAAGAAAGAGUGCCAAGACAGAAGUCACGUUGAGCCGCCUCGUAAAACUGCACGAACCGAUGAUGCGGAGACGCACAAACCUUUAACCUCGACUCAAGACUACCAUUCAUCCCUGCGAGAAAUCAAAGAAGGCGAUAGUAAACCCUUUCCUGCAGAAACCAAUCCUAGGGAAGAUACUCGCGCUAAGAAGACUGCCCGUCCCCAAGUAAGCCAGAGCAAGGAAGGUCCAAUCGAUACUGAAGAGUAUCAUCCAGCUCUUAAGGAUAUUAAAGAGUCCGAAUCUGUGAAGACCAGAGACCCUCACGAUGCACCUCGGACAGUCCGACGACAUCGAGAGGAAGAUGAGAAACGCGAGAUCGUUGAUGUCACUGAAUUCGACGACGAGGAAGUCGGGGUAUAUGAAAGAACAGGUAAAUUACCAUCGCGGCUUCAGAAUAAGACCAAGAAGAAGUCCAGAAGACAUCGGCCGGUCGAUGAUGAGGAAGUGAGCGUUGAAGAUGCAGUGAUGGGUCGUUCGUCUAGGAGAAAAGAUAGCAGAAGUUUAGAAACCUACGACCUUGACACAUCGACUGAGCUGCGACAUCAAACGAGGAAUAGGUCUACUGACAAGACCAACAACCAGCUCCAACUCGCAAGAGACACUAGAACUCCUGAUGAAGACGAGGAUAUCGGCGCACCAUCCCCUGUUUUGCGCAAACAAGCUACCCAAAAUAGGGACCGAAAGGGAGAAGCGCUACUCUCAAAAAAUGAUCAAGCCAAUGUGAAGGCGUCGGCGGAAUAUCUGGUCCAGGCAAAAUCGUCGUCAAAAGCACAGCCUGCUAGUCCGACAUUCUCUGAAGCUGAUACCGUUGUCGAAUCAGACAAUGAAAGGGUUCAAUCUACUUCAAUGCCCGUAAUGAAAAGGAAAGACAUCCAGAAGACGGGGCGUAAACGGGAAAAACAACAUCAAACUUCUGAAGGUAGGGAAAAUAUCGAAUCAAACGGUAGCCACGUGAGAAAGCAGCCAAUGGGUCACAAUGCCAGAGAUGAACCAGUAUCUCCAGAUUUGUUUGAUCAUACGGCUGAUGUGAAACCCGCUACGUACAGAUUGAAUGACAGGAUACUGAAUGAGAAAGAUGGGAAAAUCGUAACUGACGUAUCCCAGAAGAAAUCUGAUGCCAAUCGGCUUUCUGAUCCUUUCCUCCAAGAUCCUAUAGGCGUGUUCAAUGCAUCGCUUCACAAACAGGACCCUAUCCAAGUUCAAACAGUUUCGAUUCCUGAUCAACCAUUUACCACAGGCACAACGACGGACGCAUUUAUGCGGCGUGAACAGCUAAACCAAGCGGCCUACAAAUCCGAGCAACGGGAGCUAGAUGAGGCAGCAAAAGAGAGAGAAUUGGCGCAGAAAAGCCAGAAAUAUACAUUGGAAGUUGAUAUAGAGCACAACAGAAAGGUUGAUGCAAUCUACAAAAGGCGGCACGCGCGGGAGGAGAGAUACAGACGUGCCAUCAAAGAUGGUUUCAAUCACACAGGGGAAGGAUCGAGGGAUGAUGCGAGACAUCAGGAUUCCGGUAAAGCCCCAAAUGGAGCGUCAAAGAAUCCUCAAGCAUCAUCACCUAAAAGGCCUCUCCUCGAAAAACCCGAAAAGAUUGAUGAAUACCACAACAUAAGUGAUAUGAUGGACUCAUCCAGACCAGUACCUCAACCUGAGGUCGACAGGAUUAGAGAAAACAGGGAUCCCUUCCAACGAAGUCCAGAAAAAACUAUCCACCCACAAGACUUUGGUCCCCAUAUAACCCCCGAAGAGGAAGAAAAGAGUAAAGAAAAAACAUUUACACAUCGAAAACGCCAUAGGAAGACGGGAGAUUUGACAGAGGAAGAUUUGAGGAAUACACCUCUUCCUUCUCCGAAAAUCCCUAUACCGAACGAGAAAUUCACGAAGAACAAUGAGGAGAUUUGGCGUAAAGACCUAGAAAAUAAACAAAGGCCGCCGGAACAGGAGCCUGAAUCCCCUCAAGGAGAAAGCUGGAACGCAGGAUGGGGAUACAACAGGAGGGAUGAAGAAGCCCUUAAGAAAGAUCGGAAGAUUGAGGAAUUGACUCAAGAGACAGUAAGGAAAAGAAAGAUCGAUGCAGAAGAGAUGAAGCGGAUUGAGCAGGAAUACGCUAAGCGUCACAACCGACUGCCUCCCAAGUCUCCUGGAGCAUCUGAUAAUCAGUCGAAACCAAAAGACAAAAGAGGGCACGUCGCUAGGAACAAGGGUGACCCUGAAGAUGGGUCCAAAACCGUCGUCGAUGGGCACCCUUCGACACCUGAUAUAUCAGCGAUUAGAAAUAGCGAGAGAAAGGGAGAGCCCACGGAUUUGGCUGAAGAUAAGGUUUCGAAUCCACAAUCGAAAACGAGGGAGACCGAAGAGUGGAACAGAGAGGGCGACCAAGAACAUGACGAAGUGCCGGAAAGGAGAAAGCGAAAGGAUAGCCGUGGCUCAGGGAUAGAAGAAGAAGUCAAGACGACACCGAAACCAAAGGAACGAAAUUUCGGUCGCAGAGGGGAAGACUCAAGAGAUCGAAGCAAAGGCGAUGCAAGGUAUGAGAAUACCAGUGAAUUUCCAAAAGGAGCUUCAAAGCAUUCACAAGGAUCACCGCCUUCUACAAGCCGUGCCUUGGGCGGAUCCAAUCCCCUCCAGCACAGAAGGAGGCGGCCGCGGGAGAAAGAUAAUGAUCCAAUCAGUAAAACAGAGCCGCAUAUCAGAGGCAAUAAGCGAGAUGAUAGAAAUGUACAGGGAGAUGAAGCGACAGUUUCGGACGAAGACAGUACAGGAGGAAGAAGCCGGAGAAAGGAUGCAUUUGAGACACCAAAACACGAAGCGAGAGGACCAGAACGGAUAGGAAGACAACCAGUCAUUGACCAGGUAGAUCAACCUAGGAAUGGUUUAAAUAGAGGAUUGGGAAGAGAUCAAAGAUCCAAUGAUACUUCAAAAGGUGGCCUAAAUCGUUCCCAAGAAUCAUCUUCUCCAAUAAGCCCUCUUUCACCAGAGUCCCGUUCCGCACUGAAGGACAGGAAGACUCGGAGAGACGAAGGAGUCAAGGACGGUGCAGGAGGAGACGUAAUUAUGGAGGUAUCCCCAGUAGAAGCUACAGGUCCUGAAAUCGACACGUCCUACGGUCGUGGAGAUGGGAAAAAUAGUAAGCAGAGACAAGAAAGAAAGGCUGGCUUUGCAGAUGAGCAAGGACACGAUGGAUCAAAUAUUCCGAAACAAAACAGACGUCCUCGUGAUGACGGAGAUGAAUCAGACAGGAGAAAGAGCGAAUCAGAAGAUGAAACCUCAGCUGGACAGCCUGAUCAGCGAUUCAGACACAUUAAACGAGGACGAUCCGAAGAAGACACAGUGGACUCAGAAGACGAUGGGCAAGAAGGGACAAGUGGUGAAAGAGCACAGCGGAAGUUUAAAGGAAGAAACCAAACGGAGAAAAUGAAGAAGGACGCCAAAAAAGAGGCCAUUGAAAAGAAGAAGAAGGAGAAAUCAAGUGCAGCAGAAUCCAGUCCGCAAGGAGGAUAUCACACGGAAGCUAUUUCUCGAAACGUCAAGACCCACUUUAAAGCAGGGUGGCAUAUACUGAAAUACGCUCCUCUCUGGUCGAUCAUGUCUGCCACCGCUUUCAUCAUUUACGUCGAAGUCUCAAGACAACUUUUCGCGAUGCUUUCUAUCUCUACAGGAUCAACGACAUUGUCUAAAAGAGGGUCGGUCGAAAGUUUAGGAUAUGACCUUGGGAUAACCGGAACUUGGUUUUCUAAUAUGUUCAAAUCUAUUGGGAUCGAAUCUGAAUCAUUCUUCGUUUUCUUGAGUUUGUGGAAUGUCAUCUGUAUUCUUAUCCUAGCAAUUCUGACUUCUGUCACAUUGGAUGCUGCCUCUACUCCUCAUCAUCAAGAAGAUUCCAAGACUAGAUUAUGGAGAUGGGUCAAGGGAAUAAUCACGUCUACUACAAGAGUCGUUCUCAUGGAUAGACAUCUGCAUAGUCCAAGAAAAGUCUUCUCCCGUGCUGGUCCGAUGAGUGUGAUUAGAUUCAUCGUAUUUGGAUGUCAAAUCGUAGGAACGAUGUUCAUUUUCAGACAAAUCAUGAGUUUAGCUUAUCUGAAAAGCAACGGAUCCAAAACAACGUUCUCGACACUACCAGAUGUGACUGUCACGCAAAAUUCUCUGGCUUCGUUAGCUGAAAAGAUGAGCACAGGAUCAACUUUUACUAUAGUCAAUAUUUUAUUCUGUCUCUUAAUGUUGAAUUUGGCUUUAUCUUGGUACUCAUUCCUUCAUCCGAGGAAAAAGGCAUGGAAGCAUUCUAGAUCAGUAACAAAAUGGAUAGCUAUAUCAAUGAUAACAGCAACAUUCACUAUCUGUCUAAUAUAUUUCCAAGAAAUAGCCAACUAUCUUUUACUGGAUAACAAAUCAAGCUCAAGUCAAAGUGGUAACGCAACAAUCGUAUUACUAGGUGCGAAUGUCAUGUUUGUUAGUUUACUCCCUGGGAUGGGAUUCGUAGUGUACGAAUUGGAUAAAGUUUGGUGUAGGAGGUAUCCCAAUGGGGUUUUCAAGUGGAAAAAAUCAGGACAUCGUGGGUCGUGA